AUGUCGGAGGAAGAGAAGACUUCGACCCCCAGUAAGCCCUCGGUUGCGGCCAACGACCCUCGCGCCGAAUCGCCGACCACGGCGCGACCCCUGGACUUUGAUGAUGAACCCCAAGACACAGGUGUCGCAUCAGCGACCUUCGGCGCGAACCAGCAGACCGCGCAGACCGCCACCGAGACUCCCCCGGCUGCCCCGCCGAAGCCCCCUCGUCCGCUGAGCGCGAGAGAGCAGUCCGAGAAUACGCUGAAGGAGGCAUUCCCUAGUGUCGAUGCUGCAGUCAUCAAGGCUAUUCUAAAUGCAAGCAAUUGGAAUGUCGAGCGGGCUUUCAAUGCUCUUCUCGGCAUGACCGAUCCCACUGCCCAGGAGGACAUGGUUCCUCCGCCGAAGCCCCCGCGCCCAUCCCAGCAACCUACCUCUACCGCGCAGCGACAAUUGGAGGCGGACGAAAUGUACGCGCGCCAACUGGCCGAACACUACAACGCUGCGGGACGGCGGGCACCGGCCCCCGGAUGGGAGAAUGACCCUCGCUACCGCCGGCCGCGAGGCAGCGAGGAGUCGGAUGAGAGGGAGUAUAACUUUUUUGAAGAUGAUCUACCCGUGAUCCGCGAGAAUCUCCGCAAAGGAUUCCUGGAGACACAAACAAAGGUCAACUCCUGGGUCGCGAACUUGAAGAAGAGAAUCGAUGGUGAGGAGGUGGAUGAUGAGCCGCAAUCUAGCCAGGAAUAUGAGGCGCAGCACUCUGCGUACGGUCGUCCGCGGCGCAGCGGCGACAUGGGCCGUCGCAGUGGAGAUCGCGAGCGCUACGACGCAGACCCUCAGGUUCUGGGCGAUGACUUCUCCGCGCUUGAGCUGAGAGAUGGAGAAGCUCCCCCUCCCCGACCUCCCCGACCCAACAUCAAGACUGGAUCUUCGCCCUCCCCCGAUAGACGGAAGGUCUCCUUCCAGGAAGGUCCCCCGACCGAGAUCGACAACCUUUACGAUGCGUCCACCUCCUCCAAGCAUCCCCCCUCGACAGGCGGCAAGCCCAGCAAGUGGCAGCCCCUGGCCAACGUUGAGCCCUCCCCCGUGGCGGAGAAUGACCCAUUCAGUCUUGGUGACAGUGACGACGAGAAGGAGAAGGAGGCAAAAUCCAAGGAGCAGACAAGCGUUCCGGGGAGUGACCAGAUCAAGAAGGCCACCGAGGAAGCGAUGUCUGGCGAGAUGGGAUCCAAGGAUGAUAAGAAGACCGAAGAUGCUUCGAAAUAG